AUGCUUGAAAGGCGUAAUGCAUAUCAUAAGAAAGGGGAAGGGCGCCAUUUGAAUAAAAGACUUGUAACAAAAAAGAAAAGUAAAAGAAAAGGAAGGUAUACAAAAACACCUUUGAAUAUCCUUGAUAGAAAUAAUAAGAAUAUAAAAUUAUUAAUUACAGAUGAUAUAUCUAGAUUAAUUUAUAAAAAUGAAAGUAGAGAAAAGGAAGAUAUAUUAUUAAAAGAUUAUUAUAAAAAGAUUAUAAGAAGUAAUAAUUAUGUGGUUCGAUUACAUAAUUUAUAUAAUGAAUUUAAAUUAGAUGAUUGUUUAAAUUAUGGUUUAGAGAAUUUAUUAAAAUUAAAAAAGAAUGACUAUAUAUGCAAAGUGGAAUUUUUAAGAAUUAUAGGGAAUAUAUAUUUUCAAAUAGAAAAAUAUAAAUAUAGUGCUAUAACAUAUAUGUUGUUAUGUAAUAUAUUAAAUAGAAUUGAUUAUGACGAAUAUAAAGUUGAACUUUGUUAUAAUGCUGGGGUUGUAUUUAUAAAAUGUUUUUUACAAUAUAAUGAUAUAAAUUUUUAUAUUAAUGCUAAAAAUGCUUUACAUUAUUCUUUAAUAUAUAAUGAUAAAAAAAAUAAUAUAUGUUAUAAUGAACAUAUAUAUGAUAAUACUUUACUUAUACUUAAACAUCAUUUUCCAAAUAAAUUUCUUUCCAGAAUUAAUCAAAAGAAAAAAUUGUCGAAUUUGUAUAAACAACAUAUUACUACAACUGACGAAAGUUUAACACAUCAGAGUAGUACAUAUCUAUCUGAUUUGAGUACAGAUCAAUUAAAAAAAAAAAAAAAAAAAAAAAAUCCAAAAAAAAAUUUUAUACAUUUAGAUAACCAGCAGCAAGAUGAUAAUAUCUCACUGACUUCUUCGUAUUUUUAUAAAAGUGUGAGUAGCGUAGAAGACAGCACAUCGCGAUGUAACAAUUGUUCUAUAGAUUAUGGAAAAGGUAAAACUAGUGAUAAAAUGGAUAAUUCAUUGAAUGAUAAGGAAAGACGGAUUAAUGAAAAAACGGACUCAUUAAAUGAUAAGAAUUCUUCUUUCUUAAUUAUGGAAACAGCACCUUCCAAAGCUUCUAAUAUAUAUUUAAAUAAUUUUUUAAGCUAUGAUAAUAAUAUUGAAAGAGAAAAUAAUAAUAAUAUUAAUAAUCGUCAUAAUAUUAAUAAUCGUCAUAAUAUUAAUAAUCAUCAUAAUAUUAAAAACCAACAUGAUGUUUUAACAUUUCGAAGUGAAGAUCGAGUAAUGAAUCUGAGGAACCAUGACACUUAUAAUAAUAAUAAUAUUGUAGAUGAUUUACCUAACACGUGCAAUGUGAACACUUUUUUUCAAAGUGAUUCGUUCAAAAAUAAUACAAAUUUAAUGACAAAUAAUAAUUUUCAAAGUGUAAUAAAUAAGAAUAUAUCACAGGUAUGCAUAAUUCCUCAAUCUAAUGUAAAAUAUAAUUCAUUGACGAAUGUUACAAGUAAUAUAUAUCACAAUGUACCUAAUAAUUUAUGUAAUAACAACUUAAAUAAUAUAUUUAAAAAACCUAAACAAAAUGUUACGUUUAAUAAUUCUUCGAAUAUAUUUAGAAGUUCUUCAAAUAAUUAUUUUAACAAUUCUUUGUAUAAAUUACAACUACAAGAUGAUAAUUCUAUGAAUGUACAACACAUGGAAAAUAAAAGGUUUUUAGAUAUUACAAGAAAAUCUGAAUCUAUUAUAAAUAAUAAUAUAAUAUCAAAUGUGGUUAAUAACUUAAAUGUAAACAGAAUAAAUGAUAUGUGUAUAAAUGCUCAUAAUAAUAUAACAGAGAAUGUAUCAUAUCCAAUACAUCAUAAAAAUGUAUUGAUGUCAGUACAAAAUAAUAUACCUAUAUCUCAACAGCAUAAUUUUAAUAAAUAUUUAACAAAUAAUACCGAACAGAAUAAAUAUACAGAUAUGUUUCCAUUUUUUCAAGGAAAUACAAAUCAAAAAUUUGCUUCUGAUUUUGUUCAUAAACCUAUCUUACAUAUGAAUAAUAAUAUACCAAAUCAUGUUAUUAAUAAAUCACAAAGUUAUGAUAUGAAUAAUAAAAAUGUAGGUUUCUUUAAUUACAAUCAAGGAAAUCAUUUCCAAUUCUGUCAACCUGAUGCUGCUAAUAUUGUACCUAUUAAAGGUAUGAAUAAUAAAUUAUUAAAUAUGUCAAUAAAUAAAUCAUCAAGUAUGUCAAUGAAUAAAUUACCUAAUAGUGUUGUCAAAAUACCACAACUUACUUUUAAUAAUAAUCAAAGAUUACAUUCUGUUAAUAUUCAGCAAAGAGGAUCCUUGAAUAUUAGUUCAAGUGAUGUGAUCAAUGUACCAAAAAAUAAUAUAUUUAGCAAUAUUCCAGAGAAAACUGCGCUCCAUUAUGAACAAAAUGUUAUGUUUAAUAAUUUUCAUCAUGUUAACAUGAAUCGUUCAGGUCAAAAUGUGCAUAUGAAUAUUGACAUAAAGGAAAAGCAUAAGGAUAUUAACAUAGAAGAAAAACAUAAGGAUGUUAUCAUAGAAGAAAAGCAUAAGGAUGUUAACAUAGAAGAAAAGCAUAAGGAUAUUAACAUAGAAGAAAAACAUAUGAAUGUUAACAUAGAAGAAAAAGAUAAGGAUGGUAACAUAGAAGAAGAACAUAUCAAUGUUAACAUAGCAGACAAUAAUUUAAAAAAUUAUUGUAAUAAUAACCAAAAAAAUGUAACAAAUAAAAGGCUGUCCUUUUAUAAGAGUUAUAUAAAAGGUAUGCAGUUAAAAUCUGAAGAAAGUAUAGAAAAAGAAAAUAAAAAUGUUUAUGGAACAAAUGAAUAUAACACUUUGUAUAUGGAACAUUUUAUAGAAACUAUCCCAUCACAGGAUAGUAGUAGAAAAAGUCAUGAUUAUGACAAUGUAAUAUCUAUAAAAGAUAAACAUGUAGAAAGUAAGAUUCCUGUGAAGGAUAUACAAGUUAAAAAUGAUAAAGUGGAUGAUAAUAAUAAGAAUAGUAAGUCGCAGAAAACAAAGCACCAAAUGAAGCAUACAGAUGAUACAUUUUUGAAUGAUUUAUUACAAGAUAAUUAUUUUAAAAAAUUGAAUGAUAGAAAUAUUAAAAAAAUGAUGGAAGAAAGAGAAAAUUCAUCUAAAAAUAUAUUUUCUAAAAAUAAAAAGAAGAUCAUUUUAAAUAUUUUAAAAAAGGUAUACUACAGAUAUGAACAUAAUUUAUCAAAUGAAUAUUAUCAUAUAUAUAAGUUGAAAAAUCAAGAAAAGAAAAAUAAAUUUGUUUUAAAAAAUAAAACCAUUGUGACAUUUCUUGAAAAGAUGUUUAGAAUUUGUAAACGGUUUGAUGAAAAUAUGAAUAAUAAAAUACAAUUUAUUGAUACGUAUACCUAUAAAACGAAAAAAUUAAGAAAAGUACAAAAAAUGAAAAAUGUACAAAAUGAUAUAUACAAUAAUAAAUAUAAAUAUAAAAAUAAAUACAUAUACAAACAUGUAUACAGUUUGGAUAAUGUGCAAAACUAUCAUAACAAAUUAUUAGAUGUAUCAUCUAAUAGUAAGCAAUAUAUUACAAGUAAUUAUCAUAUUAAGGAAGAUCAAUCUAUAAAUCAAUCCAACUCAAAACAUAUUAUUAUCAAAAGUAACACAUCUAAUAUGAACAAUAAUAUAAAAUGUAAUAGUUUUAAAGAAGAAAAUAGAGUUUUAAAAAGAGCACGUGAUGAAUUAACACAUAAUUCUAGAUAUGUAUGUGAUAAAGGGAAUUAUUCAAUAAUAUCUCCUAUGAGAAAAGAAAAAAGACAAGGAAAAUAUAUAAAACAUAUGAAUAAAGAUAUAUAUAGAAAGGACGUAAUGAAGGAUGAAAAUUUAAAUUAUAAAUAUUUUAUAAAAUUAUAUAAUGAUAUAAGAAAUGAUAUAAAGGAUAAUAAUAAUAAUAAUGAUAAUAUUAAUACAAUAAAUUAUAGUUAUAUGUCUAAUAAUUGUGAUAAUAUUGAUAAAUGUAUUUAUUCUGAAGAAAAAUUAUAUAGAGAAAAAAAAGAAAUAGAAGAUAUUGUACAUAUAAAUAGCAACAAAUAUAAUAAAAAAUUAAUAAGAGACAAAGUAAAAAAGUUAAGUUCUUAUAAUAAUCCUAUUAUUAACAAUAUAUCUGAUAAAUUUAUAUAUGAUGUAGAAAAAAUCUUCUUAAUGAAAAAAUAUUCCUACAUAAUAAAAGGAUUAAGAAAAAAUGAAAAUAUUAAACAUAUAUAUUAUUUAUAUCAAAAUAUGUAUGAUAUUACAUAUAAAUUAGAUUAUAUGAACAGUAGUAAUUUUUUUAAUAUUUCCUCUUAUAUAAUAGAUAUAUUAUUAUUAUCAGAAAUUAAAGUGAAGGAUAUAUUAAAAAAAAAAAUAAAUAAAAUUAAAUAUUCCUAUAGAAAGUUUUAUACAUCUACAUCUAACAUUAAUAUGAAUAAUAUUAUAAAAAGAAUAAUGGAACAUAUGCGUUCUAUAUCUGGAAUGACGAAGUAUGUAUCUAAAUGUGAGGACGCACAUGUUUGUCUUAACAUGAGAAAAAAGAGAAGAAUUAUAAAAAAUAAGGAUACAACCAUGGAUAUCAUGAACAAUAAUAAUAUAAAGUGUAGUUCAACAACGACAGUGAAUAAUAGUGAUAGUAAUUCAAAUAAUAAUAAUAAUAAUAAUAAAAAUAUAUGUUAUAAUAAUAAUAUUUGUUAUAAUAAGAACCAUUUUUAUUUUAAUCACAAAUGUAAGGUGAACAAUUUAGAAAAAAAUCAUCUUGUUAAGGAUAAAGAUACUUUUUUUACUAGGGAUAGUAAUAAAAAGAAUAAUACUUCUGAUUGCAAAGUCAAUAAAAACAAAGAACAGGUAAUAAAAAGAGAAAGCAUAAGCAAUAAUAAUAAAUAUGAUAAAAAGAAAGAGGAAGGGAAUGUUCAAAAGAAUAAUGAAGAUGUGGGUCUUUCAAGUCAUUCAACUGUUGUAGGUACAGAUGUUAAGAAGCCCAAGAAAGAGAAUUUAUAUUAUAAAUACAAUUGUGCGAGAGAAGAAUUAUUAUAUGAAAUGAAGAAACAUGAAAAUAAAUAUAUAAGAAUUGAAACAUUAUAUGAUUAUUAUAAUGAUAAUAUAAUAAAUAUAUGUGAUAAUAAAAUAAGAAAAAAAAAAAAAAAGAAUCAGGAUAAAUUUAUUUUAAUGCUGUUUUAUUAUCACAGUAAUAUGUUGAAGGAUAAUAAAUUAUAUAAUAUUAUAUUUGAUGUAAUAAGAUUUUUUCUUUAUAAUAAUAUUAUUACGAAAAGGAAUGCUCAUAAUUAUAUAACAUUGAUAAAGAUAUAUGAGCUUUUUAUUUUGUACAAAUAUAAAUAUAAAAAGAUAUUAACAUUUUUUUUUCAUGAUGUAGAAGAUGAACAUAUUGAGAAGAAUAAUAAGAAUGAAGAAAUAGAUUAUAUAAAAAAUAUAUGUGAUUCUGAUAAUUAUAUAGAAUUAAUACAUUGUCAUUUAUUUAUGUUACGUUUAUUAUAUAAAUGUUUUAUGAAUAAGUUAAAAAAUAAAUAUGUGUAUGAAAAAAUAAAUUUACAGUAUAUUAUAAAUUAUACAUUUACUAUUUUAAAUUGUUUAUUAAUAAAAUAUAGUUAUAAUAAGAAUAAUGUUGAAGUAAGAAGACGUGUGUUAUUUUUAUUUGCGGAAUUUUUGUAUAUAAAUUCUAAAUAUUAUUAUAAAAAUAUAUUACAUUUUUUGGAAAAGUAUAAUAUAGAUUAUAUAAUAAAAAGUGAAAGGAAUAACAUGAAAAUGAAUAAUGUAAAAGGUAAUGAUAAUAAUUAUUAUAAUGAUAAUUAUAAUGAUAAUUAUAAUAUGGAUGAAGGAAUUAUGAAUAGCUUUGAUGAGAAUAGUUCUAUAGAUUUUAAAAAAACACAAAAUAAAAGACAACAUGAAGAUUUUGUUGUGAAUUCAUUAGAUAAAAGAAGGAAAAAAAAGAAUUUUUUAAUAAAAAAUGAACAAGAACAAAAGUAUAAAUAUGGUGAAUAUUAUAAUGAAUCAAAUAAUAAUUAUGUAUUGAAUAAUAAUAGCCAUAUGAUGUAUUAUCCAUAUCAAAAUAGUGUACAUCCAAGUUAUCUUGUACAGAAAAAUAUAGAAAGAAAAAAAAACCAAAAUUAUGAUGAUAAAGUAUAUAAAGAUAUGGAAUAUGAAUAUAAUGAUGUAAUUAGAAAUAGAUCAUUAUGUCGUAAAAAUAUUAGAAAUAAUAAUAAUAAUAUAAUAUGUAAUGAUUCAUGUAUUAAUUAUGAAUAUGAUUCAUAUGAAGAAGCAAAUAUGAGCGAAUUAAAUAAUAAUCGAUAUGAUAAUAUUAAUAAAAGUAGUAGAUCUUAUUAUAAUAAUGUUAAUUAUUUUAAAGAAAUAUAUACAAAAAUAUAUGAAAAUAUUAAUGUUGCUUUUUCAUCUUUUUUAAAAUGUUAUAAUAAAUGUUUUUUAAUUUUGAAUUUAAAAUUAUAUGAAAAUAAUAUGUUUAAAAAAAAUAUUAUAAGAAAAAUAAAAAAAAUUAUUUAUUUUAAUAAUAGCCUUUAUAGUAUGUUAUAUAUGAAAAAAUUACCAUGUAACAAGAUAUACAAUUUUGUUUUAAAUGAAAUAAAUUAUAAUUUAUAUAAUAAAGAUAUUUUUAAUAACAAGUCCUCUUUUUUUAAAAUUUUAAAAGAAGAUAUUAUUAUUUAUCAAGUUUAUAAACAAAAUGAAAACUAUAUAAAAAAUAUAAAGGUAGAAUGUAAUAAUAAUGAUUAUAUAUGUAAUAUGAAGGAAAAGGAGAUUAUUCAUGAAAAGGAAAAUAUGUAUAAUAAGCAAAAGAUGUAUUAUAAGAAAAGAAUAGAUGAAGAUAAUUAUGUAGUAUCUAAAAAUUUGUAUAAUAUAAAUAAUUCAAAUGAUAUAUAUAAUAUUUUAAUUACAUUUUAUAAAUGUAUCAAGAUGAACGAAAAUUUUGAUGUUUCAAAAAGAGAAAAAUAUAAAAUGAAUAAAAUGGAAAAGAAUUUUAUUAUAUUAAGACAUACUUAUAUAUAUAUAAAAAAAAAAAUAUGUGAUGAAAUCGAAAGUAAUAAUAUCAUAAAUUUAUUUAAGAAAGCAAAAGAAAACGAUGAAAAUUUUAUUUCUAGUAUUGAUUAUUUACAUUCUUUGUUUGAUUCAAGAUUUUGUAUGAUAACCCUAAAUUAUUCUUUACAAAAAUUAAUAAUUAAUUUUUUAUAUGAUUGUAUAUAUUUUACAAUGAAAUAUGAAAAGAAAAAAAUUUAUUUUUCACUUAUAAAUAAUAUGAUGAAUAUAUAUAAUAUGAUAUUCUCUAUAUUUUAUUUAAGAUUAAAUGCAUUUUCGGAUUUUUCAACAAAUAAAUUAAAUACUUAUAAUAUAUAUAAUUUCAACAAAAAAAAAAAUAUAUAUUCUCAUGACGAUACACAUAUAUAUAAUAUAUUCAAUUGGUUUUCCUUUAUUAAUUAUAGAUAUGGUUGUUCCUAUGAGUUCAUUAAUUUUAUCUUUACUUCUUUCCAUGUUAUCACAAAUUUCUUGGUAAAUAUAAAUGUCAGUACUGAAAUGAGCCAGAAAAAAUAUAUAGGAAGAAAAAAAAACAUAAUUCAUAUAACAAAUGAAUAUUUUAAAAAUAAAGAAUAUCACAAAAAUAUAAUAAAAAAUAAACAAAAAAAUAUAUAUGUUGACAAAAAUAUAACAAACGAAGAAUAUAUAAAAUAUAAUAAUAUUCAUAAUAAGGAUGAAGUCACCAAUAUGUUUCUAUUAUCAGCUCAUAAUAAAUUAGAUAAUAAUAAGUUAGAAAAAUACAUGAAGCAACUAAAAAGAAGUAAGCGAAAUAUAAAACUAGAAAGAAAUAUAUUAAAUAAUAUGUAUAUUGAUAAAAUUUACAUUUAUCGAAUUAUAAAACAAAUACAAAAGAACGUUAAUAAAAAUGGAGUCUUCAAAAUUGACGAUAAUUAUCUUGAGCAAAAAUUAAAGAUGGAUAUGGAUAAGCAUUAUUGUUAUAUUACACAUAAUAAUAAAAGAUAUAACAAUGAAAAAGAUAAGAAGAAAAAAAAAAAAAAAAAAAAAAAAAAUAUAGAUAUCUAUUAUGAUUUAAUGAAAAAUAUUUUAUUAAACUUAAAUACGAACAAUGAACAAAAUAUAAUAAAUAAUUCAAUAAAAUGUAAAAACAAAUUAUGGAGAGAUUUUCUUAAAAACAAAUCUUUCCAUAAACAACUUUCAAAUAUAUUAUAUAACAAUAAAAAUUCUCAUAAAAUAUUAAAUAAAAUACAUAAAUAUUUAUAUUUUAAUGUAAGUACUAACCAUUAUAUUAAUAAUAACAAUUUCUCUUAUAUAAGAAGAUGUGCUAAAAAUAUAAAACUCUUAAAUUAUGAUAAUUUUAGAUUUAAAAAGAGAAUAUAUAAUAAAAAUGUUGUAUAUUACCAUGUUCCUAAAUAUAAUAAAGAUAUGGAAAAUAAAUUAAUAUUAAAUGAUUAUAUUAAGAGAUAUAAACGAAUUGUUAGAAAAUAUAAUAAGUUAAAAAAAAUAAAAAGAGAAAUAAAAUAUGAAAGAAAUAAUAUGUCCCUUUUUACAUAUGUAGCUUUAAUUAAUAGAAGUUAUAAUAAAUUGUACACAUCUAUAUGUCCUACAUUUUCUCACAUUUUGUUUUUAUUAAUAUCUAUAUUGUAUGUUGAAAAUUAUAAUAUUUUGUAUAUCAAGAAAUCACCAGAUUUUUUUAUGAUCAAUGAUAUAUAUAAUACAUAUUAUAUAUUUUUGCAUAUAUCUAAUUGUAUUAUAUUAUUGUCUUCUUCUCCUUUAAGAAAUCAUUUACAUUUUAACCCCGUCGUUCAUUUGGAUAAAGAGUUUUAUAAGCGAAGAAUCAUAACAAGGUUGGGACAGAACGUGGAAAAAAAAAAUAAUGUGGAAAAAAAAAAUAACGUGGAAAAAAAAAAUAACGUGGAAAAAAAAAAUAACGUGGAAAAAAUAAAUAACGUGAAAAAGGUAUUAUCCGGUGUAAAUAAAAUAAAAAAUAAUGAAUUAAAUACAAUUAAUUCAAACAGCAAAAAAUGUAAUUUUAUUAGAGCGGAUAACGUGGUGCACGUAUCAGAAGGUAAUAAUAUAUAUAUGAUUAAUAAAAUGAUGAAAAGAAAUCAUAUACAUGACUAUGCUAAGAAUGAUUCAGGCAACAUUAGUCAACAUUAUGAUGAUGUGUAUGAUAAUUAUAAGAAUAAUAAAAAUGAGAUUGAUUUGUCUUGUGAUAAUAAAAAUGUUUCAUGGGAACAUCAUAAAAUAUAUAGAAUAUAUUUAGAUACACUUUUGAAUUUUGGUUGCAUGAAUAUUUUAUUAAUAACAAGAAGAAAACAUAAUAAGAAAACAAAAAUGAAGAGAAAUAAAUAUAUUUAUAUUUUUUGUAAUAUUAUUGAAAAUUUAUUACAGAAUUGUAUCUUUUAUAUAGAUUUAUAUAAUAACAGUAAAUCUAAAAAUAGUAUAUUAGAUAUGGAUGAUAUGUAUAUGAGAUUAAAUAAAUAUUGUAAAGAUAAUAAUAUGAUAGAAUACUAUGAUUUAAUGAAACAGAAUUUAAUAUAUCAUUAUUUUUAUAAAUAUUAUAUUAUAGAUGAAUAUAUUCAUAAUUUUUGUAUAAAACGAAAUGAAUUAUAUAAUUUAGAAAAAUGUUCAUUGAAUAUAUUUUAUUUUUCGAUGAAUAUUUUAUUAACAAUAUUCAAUUCAGAUAUAUCUAUACAUUUAGAGAGAUCCUUAUAUAAUAUAAAUUAUUUUCAUCAUACAAAUCUAUAUUACGAUAUUAUAUUGAAUAAUAUAAAGAAAACCUUGGCAUUUAUAUAUUAUAGUAAUAAAUCCUCUUUUAAUUCGAUUGUUACUUGUGUGUUAUAUUAUCUCAAUAUAUAUAGGAAAAACGAAAGAUUAAUUAUUAAAAAUAAUGAGGACAAGAAGAAUGAAAAGGAUGAUCCUAAUGUUUUUCAUUUUCUUGAUAAAGCUAUAAAAGAUGAAGAUAAAAACAAUGUUCAAUGUGAGAAUGAUAAAAGAAAAAAAAAUAUUGAGAAUGUUGGUACUAGUAGUUUUUCUUUAAAGAAAUGUAUUUUUCAAAAAAUACAAAACGUUAUAAGUUCUACAAAGAAUUAUAAUAAAAAUGAUCAAGAGAAUGAAGUUAUUUAUAUACAUGAUGAAGAUAGUAAUAAAUCCAUCACGCCUAUUAAGUAUGAUGAGAAAAGAAAUGCUCUUCAAACAGUAAGGAAAUAUGAUAAAUAUGAAAGCAAAAAAAAAUACGAAAAAGAAAAUAAUGUCGAAAAGAAAAAUUAUGUCCAGAACAAACAUUAUGUCGAAAAAAACCAAAAUGAUCAUUUUAAUCAUCUUAAGAAUGAUAAAAAAUGUAGAAAAAAAAUUAUUAGUUCUAUAAUAUAUGAUAUGAUUUGUCCUUAUUUAGAUAUAACGAAUAUAAGGAUUCAAAACAAGAUACAAAGGAGAAAUCAUAGUAUUAAUAGUUUAAUAAAUAUUUGUUAUUCUGUAUUAUUUCAUAAUUUCUUAUUUAUUAAAUCAGUAUAUCCAUUCGAUAUGUUAACAAAAGAAAAAGGAGAGGAAGAAUAUGAUGAGAAAAAAGGAAAAGUGACUAAAUAUAAUUAUGAUAUAUUUAAUAUGAAAAUGUUAAAUAUUGAGGCUGUCGAAUUAUUUUUAUCUUUAUAUAUUCAUAAGUAUAUGCAUAAUAUAUGUUUAGAUAUAAAAAAGUUGGUUGAUUAUAAUAUGUAUAUGAAUCAUUUCUUUUGGAUAUUUAAGAAAUGUAGUAUACCGAUAUAUCAUAAUGAUUAUAUAUAUUUAAACUAUAAAUUUAAUAAUUUGUAUUAUACUUUUAAUGACUACAAUGUGUUGCAAUUCUUGAUAAAUUUUAAGAGAUCCAAGAGUGAAGGAAAAGAAUUUAUGAUGUCGUUUGUUAAAAUCUUUGAAGAAAAGAUAUGUCUAGAAGAAGAAAUAGGACUAGACUAUAUAGAUCCUCUCAUUUUUAAUAUUUUCCUUGAUUAUAUGAAGGAUGUAUAUAUGACGGAUGAAUAUUAUUUUGUGUGCUUUUAUGAAUAUACAAAAAACGCGUACAACGAAAAGAACGAUAAAAUGUUUAGCCUUGAUGAUUUUGAUUGUUAUAUGGAUGAAUUGAAUGAAUUAAAUCCUUAUUUCAUAAGAAUGGAUACAAAAAAGAAAUUAAAUGAUGAUAUAUAUAUGACAUAUUUAAGAUUAGUAAUUAAAGAAAAGAUAAAUUAUAAAGAAUUAUGUGAUGGAGAAUGGAAAAGAAAAAAUGUAGAUGAUAUUACAAAAGGAGAAUGUGAAUAUAUAAAUAUAGAUGAAUUAAAGAAUGGUAAAAAAAAUAUAUGUAUUGAAGAAAAGAGCGAAAGUAAUGUGUUUUAUAAUAAAUUCAAAUUUAUAAGUAAGAAGCAAAAAGUAUGGAAUACAAAAGAAAAAAUAAAAUUAAUAUUAAACAAUGAUCCUAUUCGAUUUAAAAAGUUUUAUAUGUAUUAUAAAAAGAUAACAUUUAAUAUAAUAAAUAAGAAGAAUAUUAAUUAUUUAGAUUUAAUAAAAGUAAUAAAUAGAAAACAUUAUAAUCAUUUUAGUAAUAUAUUUUUUAGCUCGUUUGUACAUAUAAUGAGUGAAAUAAAAUAUGAUUAUAAUAAAACAUAUAAUUUUAAUAUAUUAAAAAUAUUAGAUAAACUAAAUGUAGGUUUAAAAGCAUCUUUUUAUAAUAAUAAAAAUAUCAUAUUAUAUUAUUAUACAUUUCAACAAUAUUUUUAUUUAUAUAAAUUUUUAGAAGAUAAAUAUUAUUCUGAAUGUGUGUUAUCCGAAUAUUUAUUGUUAAAUAUAAAAAAUAAUAAAUUCAUCGAGAAUGAAUUAUAUAAUAAUGAUUUGUAUAGGAUGUAUUAUUAUAUUAAAUUUUUAUACUUACAUAAUAUAUUAAGACACACAGAUUUGUUAUUAAAUUUUUUAAUUUAUAUAUAUUAUAAAUAUUUUUAUUAUAAUUCACAUGCUAUUGAUCACAACUUUACACAUUUUAUUCAUUUAUUUUUAAGUAUACAUGAAGAAUCAUAUAAUAAUAGUCUUAUUACGAUUGAAGGUAAUAAAACAAAGGAAAAUAAUAUAGAUCACACAAAUCAAAAGGAUAUAUUUGUAAGAAAUUUAUUUAUGUCUGUUCAUAAAUGUAAGUAUAACAAAUUAGACAAUAAUGGAAACAAUAUUAAUAAUAUUACAAAUGAUGAUAUUCUUUUAAGAAACAAUAUUAAUAAUAUUACAAAUGGUGAUACUCUUUUAAGAAACAAUAUUAAUAAUAUUACAAAUGGUGAUACUCUUUUAAGAAACAAUAUUAAUAAUAUUACAAAUGAUGGUACUCUUUUAAGAAACAAUAUUAAUAAUAUUACAAAUGAUGGUACUCUUUUAAGAAACAAUAUUAAUAAUAUUACAAAUGAUGGUACUCUUUUAAGAAACAAUAUUAAUAAUAUUACAAAUGAUGAUACUUUUCUAAGAAACAAUAUUAAUAAUAUUACAAAUGAUGAUAGUCUUUUAAGAAACAAUAUUAAUAAUAUUACAAAUGAUGAUAUUCUUUUAAGAAACAAUAUUAAUAAUAUUACAAAUGAUGAUAGUCUUUUAAAAAACAGUAUUGUUAAAAAAAAUGAAAUAAUUGAUGAUAAAAAAGGUAUGAGUAUAAAAGAAUAUACCAUUAAACAUAAAUCAUUUUAUAAGGACGAAGAUUAUAUGAGAAAUGUUGAUAAUAAUAAUAAUAUAAUAUAUAAAGAUGCAAAUAAUUACUAUUUAGUAUUAUUAAAUUCUCAAAAUAGAUAUAUACAAAUACUAUUUUAUAAAGUCUUAUGUAACUUUAUAAAAUGUAAAGUACAAACAUUAAAUGCUAAGAAUUUAUUUAAGAACGUAAACUUUUAUUUAUCAUCUUUUGUAAGAUAUUCAUUUCUUAAUACAUAUUAUGAAGACGACAAUUUUUAUUACAAAGCUUUAAAUUAUAAAUACUCCUUUUAUGAUUUUAGUACACUUAAGAAAAACAUUAAGUUAUGUAUAUAUUUGAAAAAUUUAUAUUUAAAGCAUGAUAUGUUUAAUAGUGAUAUAUUAAAUUUUUUGCAUAUUGAAGGAUAUAAAAAUAGAAAACUGAGGGAAGCUAAAACAAAAAUUAAAACAAAAGAAAAAAUGAAUGAAAAAAUAAAAAUGGGAUCGUCUUAUCCUCAUGAUAAUAUAAAAUAUAAUGAAAAGGGGUGUAACAAAUAUAGGGGGGUAAAUGAUGUAUCACAUAAUAACGUUUUAGAGAAACAGAACAGUAAUAGUAGAAAUAUAUAUGGAAAUACAAAAAGAUAUGUUCAACGUGAUUACGAUAAUGUGAAAGAAGUCCAUUCUGUAUUAUAUAAAAAUAAUGAGAAAUUAAAUUAUAAACGUUCUUUUGUUGAAGAGGAGGGUGUAAAUAAUACAGAGGUGGUUAUUAAGAAAUAUAAACUGAAUAAUAUUGAUGAUGCUGAUGAUAGUUAUAAUGAUAAUAUAAAUAUCUCAGAAGGCUUCGUAAGUGUUGAAGAAGAAAGAGAUAAAAGAAAAACAAGAAAGAAUUGUGAUAAUUAUUGUGAUGAUAAACAAAAUUGUAAUAUCAAUUGUAAUAUUUAUGAUAUGAAUAAUCAAUAUGGAAGAAUAAAAAUCGAAAUGGAACAUUCUAAUAAUUAUGAUAAGGAAAGAAAUAAUUAUCCAAUGAAUCAUGCAUGUCAUGUAGAAAGAUGUAAUAUGGAAUAUAAAGAAGAAAGUAAUAAUAUAAGAAACAGAAAAUAUGUUUUGGAUAAUACAAAUUGUAUGAAUAUAAAAAAAGAAAUUUAUACGGAUGAAGAUACAAUUGAUUCUAUAGAUUCAUUCAAACAAGCUGAAAUAUUUAAGAACAAAUUUUAUAAAAAUCGCAAAAUAAAAAAAGUUUCUAAGAAAUAUUAUAUUAACAUUCUAAAGUAUCAUUUAAAAAAUAAAGUACAUGGAUAUUCAAUUAAAUCUUUGGACAGUUUAAAAUUGGAUGAUAAGUCUAUAUAUUUAAUAUUUUUAUUUCUAGGGAAUAUUUUUACUGUAUUAUAUAAUUCUUUAUUACCCUAUUGUCGUACACAGCAUAAAUAUAAUAUGAUAAAUGAUAUAAAAAGCAAAAUGGAGAAAAAUGAAAAAGACAAAAUUAUAAUGAAUAUAAACGAAAAUAUGUCAAGUGAUUAUGCAUAUAAAAUAACAACAGAUAGUAAUAGUAGUAGUAAUAAUAAUAUUUGUAGUAGGUUUAGUAGUACGAAGGAUCAUAGGAAUAAUUAUACAUAUGAAGAACUGUUAUUAAAUUUUAUGCUUAUAUCAUUGUGUUAUUAUUCUGAUAGUUUAAUAUUUUUAAGUUAUAAUAUUGUUCAUUGGGAUAAUCAGUCUGAGGAUGUUGAUACAGGAGGUGAUGAGGAAGAAAAGCACAAAAGGGAAGGUAAAGAAAAAGGAGAUGACAUAAAUGAUAAUACAAAUGGUGGUAUAAAUGAUAAUAUUAAUGGUGAUAUGAAUGAUAAUACAAAUGGUGGUAUAAAUGAUAAUAUUAAUGGUGAUAUGAAUGAUAAUACAAAUGGUGGUACAAAUGAUAAUAUUAAUGGUGAUAUGAAUGAUAAUUUAAAUGAUAAUACAAAUGAUAAUUUAAAUGAUAAUACAAAUGAUAAUAUAAAUGAUAAUACAAAUGAUAAUACAAAUGAUAAUAUAAAUGAUAAUAUAAAUGAUGAUUGUAUAAAAGAUAUUGAAGAAGACAGUGAAAAUGAUAAUAAUAGUAGACAAGGCAAAAGUAAUAUUAUUAAUCGAGAUAUAUGUUAUAGUGUUAAAAAUUAUUUAAAGGUUGGUGCAAAAGAUACUUUGUUAUCAUCAAAUGAAAAUUCAAAUAGAAUGACUAAUGCUAAAUCGAUAAAAGUAUCAAACGAUGAUAUAAAUGAUUGUGUAAUAAAACCAUCUUAUGUUAAUACGAAUAAUUAUUAUAAUUUUCGAAAGAAAGCUGAAGAUAUAUUUAAUAAUGAAAAAGAAUGUGCUAAGAUGAUAAUUCCCUUAUAUAAAUUAUUAGUAACAAGAUUAAAAAUUUGUUUGUAUUAUCCACAUUAUUUUUUCCUAGCAUGCUUAUUUAACUACAAAUAUGAUACAAAUUUAUCUAAUACAUUAUUAAAUUAUAUUAAGGAAAAGAAUUUUUUAAAAGAAGGCAUUGUUAAUUAUAUAUUUCAAGAAAAAAAAAGAAAAAGAAAAGAAAAGAAAAUAUUUGAAAUCAACUAUUCUGAUAAGAAUAAUAUAAAUAAUAAUCUUCAGAGUAAUAAUAUAUAUUAUAGUAAUGAUAAUAAAUUAUACCAAACCAAAUUUAAUAAUUUUGUAAAUAUAAAUAGAAAUAAUGAAAAAAGCGAUCUUAAGCAUAAUUAUAUAUCAGAUGGAUUAUAUAACAAUAAGGAGAAUAAUACAAAUAAUAAAGAUAAUGAAAAUAUUUUAUUUUCUUUAAUGAGAAAAUUAAAAAAUACUUGUGAUAGUUUUAAUAAUAAUGUAGUUUCAUGUAAAAAUACAAUAUUGAAAAGUCACAAUAAUAAUAAUAAUAAUAAUAAUAGUAAUAAUAAUAAUAGUAAUGAUGAUAUCAUUCUUGGUAAUAAUAAGAAAGUAAAUAUUGAAUAUAUAAAAAGUGAUCCUAUCAUAGAUAAUGCCAAUAAUAAUAAUAAUUAUUAUAAUAAUAAUAAUAACAACAAUUUGAACCAAAAUAUAUAUGAACGUAACAACAUGUAUAUAAAUUAUUAUUGUGAUUAUCAUGAUCAUAAUCAUAUGUUAAAAGGAACGGAUUAUUGUCAAAAAACUAAUGAUAUUUCAUCUGUACCUAGUAAUAUUCUUCAUUAUAAUAUAAAUUUAGAAGAAAAAGAAAAAAAUGGUAGAACAACAGAUGCAGGAAUUAAUAAUAAUGUGAUUGAUUCUAUAAAUGUGGAUCAUAUGAAUUGUUUAGAUUUUGAUGAAUGGGAAAAAAAAAUUGAAGAUAAUGAAUUGAAUUGUUUAAAUUAUAAUAUGAAUAAUUUAAAGGUUCGAAUUAAAAAUAUAGAAAUUAGUUAUGAAGAUGUUAUUAAUGAUAUUAUUGAAGGUUUACAAAAUAUUUCUGAAAAUAAAUUGUGUAGUAAUUAUAAUUCACAAGCUGCUUAUCAUAUAUGUGUAUAUUAUUUUAUGAGAAAAAAUUAUAGCAAAUGUAUAUAUUAUAUAAAAAUAUUUAUUAACAAAGGAAUAUUUAAAAUUUGGUUAAAUGAUUCAUAUAAUAAUGAUUAUUAUAAUUUAUAUUGUAAAAGAAUUAGAAGAAGUGAAUUUUCUAUGAUAAAAUAUUGUACUAUAUUGUUGGAACUAAGUAAGAAUAUUUUAAAGAAAUUGUUAGGAAAAAUUAAUUUUGCCUUAUCGAGAGAAAAGAAAAAAAGAAUAGAAGAUUUAUUUAAUAAUAAACUAGAUGGAGAAAUUAAAAAGUUUUUAUUAUUAUCUAAAAAUGUGCACAACAAAGCUGUAAAUAAUAGAAGUAUAAAUAAUGACAAUAUAAAUUGUAGUGAUAGAUUAAAUGAGAUAAAUACAAAUAUAAAUAUAAAUAAUAUUAUAAAUAAUAAUAAUAAUAAUAAUGUGGAUAUUAAUUUAAAUUAUAAUUUGGAAAAAGAAAGGGAUUUUACACAAAAUAUGUAUAGAGAAAAGGAGGUAAUCAUAAUAGAUGAACAUAAUGAUAAUAUGGUUGAAGCGCCUUAUAAGGAUAUAAGUAAGAAUGAGGAAGAUAGUGAUAAAAAAAAUAUAGAGGAGAAUACAAAGAUUGUAAUAGAUGAAUGCAUAAAAGAUCAAUAUAAGGCUAUGAAUUUGAGCGAAAAGCACAAUACAGUAUUAGUAAAUACUACUACAACUACUAAAAAUAAUAAUAAUAAUAAUAAUAAUAAUAGUAGUAGUAGUGGUAGUAGGAACAACAAUAAUAAUAACAAUAAUUACUAUAAUUAUUAUUAUAAUAAUAAUAACAGUGUAGUUAAUCAAAAUGAAGAAGAAAUACCUAUAAACGAAAACAAAUGGAUCUUUUUAGGAUAUGAACAUUUAGAACAUUUAAAUGAUGUUUAUGAUAUUUUAAAAAUAUUAUUCGAAUCAUAUACACAGAUUGGUAAAAAUUUAAAAAGAUACAAUGAUAUAGAUGCCUUGGAAGAAGUUACAUGUAUGCAUGGAUCGAAUUUAUCAAUUGUUAAUAUAAUUUUUAAAAUGAUAACUGAUCAUUUAUGUUUUAUAUUCGAAGUCUUAUGUUAUUUUACUCCUUACGUUUUAAUAUAUCCGUUGAUUUUAUUAUUUACUAGGCGUACAAUAAUGAGUAUUAAAUCGGAUACAAAUAAUAAUAAUAAUAAUAACAAUAAUAAUAUGGUAAUAGAUGAGAACAAUAAUAUUGUCAUUAAUCAUGAUAAUAGUAAUAUCUAUAUCAAUGAGAAAAACAAAAUUAAAAAGAGCACAACAAUAAAUAUAAACAAUGAAAUUAAUAAUAAUAAUAAUAAUAAUAAUAAUAGUAAUAGUAGUAGUAGUAGUAGUAGUAACAUAAAAGAAUAUCCUAAAGAUACAAUAAUGUACCUCAAAGAAGCAUAUAUAAACGAAGAAUUAAUAUAUGAAAAAUCCACAGCAUGCAUGGAUUUAAGAAUUUUAAAAUUAUUUAGAGAAUUUCUUGCUAAUAAAACUGUUACGCUACCAUCUAAUUUAUUAUCUAGAAUGCAAAAUGUAUAUUUAAUUAUAUGCAAAAAGUUAUUGUUUUACCAAAAGAAUCAAAAAGAUAUGGAAAAAAAUAUUAAUAAUAAUAUGAACAUAGGAAAUAAAAAGAAAAAAGAAAGCGUCAUAAAAUUUGUUGAUAAUGCUUUUCUUAAUGGUAACAAAACCAUUCUUUCUUCAUUUCUAAAUGUUUUCCAAAAUAUGCAAUUACUAAAAUGUAAUAAUUAUCUUAAUUGUGAAGAUAUUAAAAUUUUAACUAACAAACUUGUAUAUAAUUCUGUAUAUACAGAUAUAAAUAAGAACAAGAAUUUAACACGAAUAGACGAAAAUAAAAAACAAGCAGAAAAUAAUAAUCCUAUGGAUAAUGUAUAUAUUAAUAACAUUUUUGAUAGAAUUAAAAAUGACUUAUGUAAAGAAAACUUUAUGACAUAUGGAAAUAUAAAUAAUACUCAAGAAGAAGAUGACAAUAUUCAUAAUCCUCAUGAUAAUCAUCAUCAUAUCGAAAAAACUAAAGAAAAUAAUAUAUUUAAAAAUAAUUUGUAUUAUAUCAAAAUGAAUAAUAUGAAGAAUAUAUGUUUAUAUGAUGAUUAUGAUAUUUUCAAUAAUUUAAAAACGAAAAAUGAAGCUCUCAAUUGUGUAAAUGCUAUUGUAACAGAUAUGAACUCUUCAACCAAAAAAAAUGACAACGCAAAUUUUAAGAAAAGAAAAACAAUCGACUCGUCUUUGAAUGAGGUUAGAAAUUCCAUACGUGAAAGAGACUUAAGAAGGCUUAACAGAGAAAAGAGUAAAAUCUUAUAA